ACCAACAGUGAAAGUCUUCAGCUGUAAUCAUCUCCAGUAGGCCCAGUAUGGAGGCAGCCCCAACUCCAGAGGUGGUCUCAGGUUCCAAGCUGAAGGUGGAAGAAGUCAGUGCAGUGGAUACCGAAAGACCCCAGGCUUCACCUCAACAGGGGGCAGGCAGCCUCCUGCCCCUCAUAGAAGAGCACCCCAAGAUCUGGCUACCUCGGGCCCUAAGGCAGACCUACAUCCGGAAGGUUGGGGACACAGUGAACCUACUAAUCCCAUUCCAGGGCAAGCCCAAACCUCGAGCCACCUGGACACACAAUGGCUGUGCCUUGGACACCAAUCGUGUGAGUGUGCGGAAUGGGGAGCAAGACUCCAUCCUCUUCAUCAGAGAAGUCCAACAUGUGGACUCAGGCCGCUACCAACUGCAUGUGCAGCUGGGCAGGCUGGAGGCCACUGCCACCAUUGAUAUCCUGGUGAUCGAGAGGCCAGGUCCUCCUCAGAAUGUUAAGUUGGUGGAUGUUUGGGGCACCAAUGCUACUCUGGAAUGGACAGCUCCCCAAGACACAGGCAAUACGACACUCCUGGGAUACACCGUGCAGAAGGCGGACACAAAAUCUGGGCUGUGGUUCACAGUGCUGGAGCAUUGUCACCGAACCAGCUGCAUUGUCUCCAACCUCAUUGUUGGCAACUCCUAUGCCUUUCAGGUCUUUGCUGAAAACCAGUGUGGGCUCAGCAAAACAGCCUCCAUCACAGCUGACUUUGCCCACAUCCAGAAAGCAGCUGCUGUUUACAAGGCCAAAGGGUUUGCCCAGCGGGACUUCUCAGAAGCCCCAAAGUUCACCCAGCCACUGGCAGACUGUACUACAAUCACUGGCUAUGACACUCAGCUCUUCUGCUGCGUCCGUGCCUAUCCCAGGCCAAAGAUCAUCUGGCUGAAGAACAAGAUGGAUAUCCAAGGCAACCCCAAAUACAGAGCCCUCAGUCACCUGGGAAUCUGCUCCCUGGAAAUCCGCAAGCCUGGUCCCUUUGACGGAGGGAUCUAUACCUGCAAGGCCAUUAAUGCCCUAGGGGAGGCGGCUGUGGAAUGUCGGGUAGAGGUGAAAGAUUGUGAGUUUGGGGGUGCAGGGCCGUCCCCUAAGACCGCGGCUCCCCAGCUCAGCCGCGGCCGCAAAAGCAAUGAGGUCCGGAAGGGGGGGCUCCCCGGGCACGCGUGCGCGCUCCCGUCCUCGGCCCCCCCACCUACAAACUUCCGGGCGUCUGCCCCUGCAGUUACGCCCCCUGAGUAUCCACCAAUCACCGUGCGCGUGCGGCAGAAGUGGGUGGAACCUGGGAAAAUUCGAAAGAAGCCCCGCCCCCUGGGAGCCGAUUCCCGGGACUAG